GACAAAACCUCCAUUUCUUCAUAGCGAAAAUUUGAUAAGUCUUCCAGAAACACAGGUUACGAACUUUGACCCUAGCUUUGUUGCUGCUUUUGGAUCGAGGUUGUCGAUUCGCUCUUUUCGGGAACGUCCUGCCAAUCAAGAUGGUGGCGAAAAAAGACAAGAAGCGUUCUGGUGGGGCGAUGAAAGAUGUCGUAACGAGGGAAUAUACGAUUCAUAUGCAUAAGAGGAUUCAUGGAAUGGGAUUCAAAAAGCGCGCUCCCCGUGCCAUCAAGGAAAUCCGUAAAUUUGCUCACAAGAUGAUGGGAACAGAGGAUGUCAGAAUCGACACCAGAUUGAACAAAGCUGUGUGGGCACAAGGUGUCAGAAAUGUUCCGUACAGAAUCAGAGUCCGUCUCGCACGGAAACGAAACGAGGAUGAAGAUUCCGUCAAUAAAUUAUACACCUUGGUUACUUACGUUCCUGUCGCAACAUUCAAGGGUCUUAACACAGUAAAUGUUGAUUCAGAAGAGUAAAUUAUGAAUUUGAAAA